GACAUCACUUACCUGACAAGCACUCUACCUCGCGAUGGCGCUACGUAUCGGACAAACGCUUCGUGGAGCUAGGUGGAAUUAUCUCCUUGUUGAGACUCUCGGCAACCACACCGCAAGUUCCAAUGUCUUCAAGGCCGAGAUAGUACCGCGAGCUGAAUCUCAACUUCCAAGAAAAUGGGCUGUUAUCAAGACGAGCUCCGAGAAGGAAAUUUUGGGUAUGCUGAAGCAUGAGCACGAUUGUUACAUGAAUCCUGCCAUUCACUCGUCUUGGCAUUUCCGAGCCAUGUACGACGCCAUCAAUGUCCAUAGCAGCUCGGCGAAUGAGAGUCCGUAUUGCCUGGCCUUUGAGUGGAUGGAUUGUACUCUAAAGGACGUGUCUUCCGAGCCUCACAGACGAAAUUCUGUGUUGUUCAAGAGCAUUUCUAAGGCAGUCUUGGGGGCGCUUGCCGAUUUGAAGUCACAACAACUCGUUCAUACAGACAUUAAGAACGAUAACAUCCUUAUCUCUGGCGUCGACGGACCAUCCCCAGUGGUGAAGCUUGGAGACUUGGGACUAAUGCGGUCGGAGGGCUUCAAUGAGUACUCCGUCCAGCCACUUGCAAUGCGCGCUCCCGAGGUCUGGUUAGGAAUAGGCUGCUUUCAUUGCUCCGACGUGUGGGCUUUUGCUGUCACGCUUUUCGACUGGAUUUCCCCUCUUGUGUUCGGUGCCAAUGACAUGCCCCAAGGCCACUGGCCGCAUCCGUGGGCAAUGGCAAAGCUCUUACGACUCUUUCCUGGUUCGGUGACGAUUCACCCCACCGACCCCAACUACCAAGGUUAUUUCAGGAUUGCUCAGCUAAUUGAAAAGUCGGGAUAUGGUGAUAGCAUAGGCCCGAAGUGUUUUGAAACACUUCCAUUUGAGGAGGAGCUUAGGAAGAUGGAUAUACCGCCAGCGCUCUCGGACUUUUUUCGCUACCUGUUUGUCGUCGAUUUUAGGCGAAGACCUACCGUUGUUGACGUGCUGAGCUCGCAACAAUUUCAACGUCUUGGCUAAAAUCUGCCACCUCCUAGUCUGGUCCGUCAGCGCUGAAAUGGCAUAAACGCCAAGCAGUCCUGUUUUGGCUGCCAUAGAAUCGUCAGUGAACGAAAAGGUUGGCUUCUUGGACAUGCUGUUAGUUUCGAAAUUUUGGUGUUAGGGGUUGGACCAAAAUUUUUUUUUUGAAGAAUGGCUUCGCUUGCCCAAAAAUGGGAUUAUGCGCGGUGGGCUAUGCGACCCAACCCGCUCGCCUUCAGUGCGUACCAAAAGGG